AUGGCCACUAUAAAGGAGCUCAAGAACUCAUCGCUUGAUCGCGAACUCCAUUGGCUCCUCGAGCAUAUCGUGAAACCUGAACUUCCUCAGGUGAUUGAAGCUCUUCAAAUAUGUUCCAAUCUCAUACUAUACAACAGUCCUCAGCAUCCUGAUCCGGAAAAUCAUAUCGAAAGGGGCCCCAGUAUCACGCUCCCCGUUUCCUCAGGAAAGCUGGAAGCUCUCAAGGGCAUUGUCGUUCGAGACGGGGCGUAUAUCAAGAAAUUGUCUGUGGUUUUAAAAGACCGUAACUUUAAUAAGGUCAUCAAUCGUAUCUACCUUACGAAGCCUAUUUUGCUUCCCCAGAUAAUAACUGCCAAAAAGUCCAUUGAUGCUGCUAUCACAUUAAUGGUACAGGCUGACUCGUUGUUCGAUGGUGUACCUGCUGAUGGUAACAACUCGUCCACACAUCUUCAGCAUCAUGUGGAGCUCAUUUCCGUGUUCAACGAGUUGCUCCGUGAGCUUCUGACUGCCAAAAAUUGCCUACAGCUUCCCACAGAGCCUGAGUUAGUGUUCCCCAUGCAUGUAGUUGCAUCUCAGAAUUUUGACCCCCAACUACCUACUCUGCUAUCUCUAGAUGCCUACAUCAGUCAAGCCGAAAUCUGCCUCGAUUUGAAAGACCUCCAUCGGGUUACGGAAAAGCCAUGGUGUGAAAUAGAUGAGACUACAGGCAAGUCAUAUGUGGAUAAGAUUCGUGACAAUAUGUCCAACGGGAAAAAUGAAACUCCUGUUAUGGUGGAUACAGAGGAUAGUGGAGUGUUGGGAAAUGUUUUCAGCCACUUGCUGUUGCGCCACAAGUACGAACCCCAGGACUAUAUCACUCGCUGUGUGACCUACAAUAAUUCAGUAGUGAUGGUCAACAAGAAGAUCGAGGUGCUGAGCGCAGAUCCUAUUCUUGUGAGUGCAUUCACAAAAUUGGAUUCCGUGGAGUACCUUGUGAGCAGCUUCAUGGAGAAUAUAAAGAAGAUGCUGUAA